GGCGGGGCCGCCGAGGUCCCGGUGCCGCCGCUUGUCCCGGGCUGAACCGAGCCGAGCCAAGCCGGGCCAUGGUGGUGCUGCGGGGUGGUGCGGGCCCCGAGGAGCCCUUCCCGAGGAUUGAGGACUGCCUGCCCCCUCUGGAGGACUCCCCAGCCAAGAGGUUCUCCCCCUCCAAGAGGAAGCAGUACUACAUCAACAAGGCCAUCCGCAACUCCGACCUCAUCCCCCGCGCCAAGGGCCGCAAGAGCCUGCAGAGGCUGGAGAACACUCGCUACCUGAUGACGCUGCUGGAGCGAGACGAGUGUGGGAGCGAGGAGGGGGAGCUCACCCACUCUGCCACCCCCAGCAUCUUCACUGAGGCCUGCAGCAACGAGACCUACGUGGAGAUCUGGAAUGACUUCAUGAACCGGUCCGGGGAAGAGCAGGAGCGAGUCCUGCUCUACCUGGAGGAGGAAGCCAGGAAGAAGCACAGGAGGAAGCUGCCUGUCAAGAAUGAAGAGAAGUGGAAAGGGCUCCCUGCCUACACGCCCCAGGAGUGCUUCCAGCGCAUCAGCCGCCGCCUGCGCUCCACCCUCAAGCGGGGUCGGAUCCCCAUGGGCACACUGGAGGGGCUGGAGGAGGAGCUGCUGGCCUUCUUCUCUGUCACCCCUCACUCUGUCUACACUGCACUGAUGGACAACAGCUUCGAGCGGCUGCUGCUCCACGCUCUCUGCCAGUACAUGGACCUCGUCUCUGCCAGCUCAGACAUCGAAGGGAAACGUCAAAUGAAAGUGAGCAACAAGCACCACGUCUUCCUGCCCCCCGAGCUCCUGCUCUCAGACUACCUGGGCCAGAUGAGCUGAUACCCUCCCGGGGGUCGCCCUGCCCCUCGCUUGGUGCACUGAAGGCUUCCUUCAUCUUCCUCCGUCUGCUCCUGGCUGCUCUCAGCCCUGCCGUCCUGCCUCUCCCCUUUGCCCAAGCCGGGUGCAGUGCAGAGCCCUCUUUGAUGGGGGCUCAUCCUUUCCCCCUUCUCCAAGAGCAGCUGCUCGAUGGUGCAGAGCUCGGUGGGGGGGAGGCUCGCAGGGGGCUGUGCCAUGCUCCCCUCGGGCUGCUGGGGCUGGCAGCAGCCGGUGUGUCCCCGCCAGAUAUCUCCGUGCCCCAGGCAGGAGGCGUGGGCCGUGGCUGGUGCCUAUCCACCCUGUUCCCCGAGCUGCCAGCGCUGCUCCCUGGCCCGGAGCCGCUCUCCUGGGACUGUGUUUGUUGGGGGUUUUUUUUGUGUGUGUGUUUGUCUAUUUAUAGCCCAGGUGCUUUUCAACAAACUCGCGGGGCUGGGGCCAAGCCCACCCCUGGCGCUGACGCUGGCGAUUUUGGGUGGGUUUGGUCCAGAUUUUUCUGCGGUGAAACAGCUCCCGGCGGCUGCUGAGCAAACGCUGAGCGAGCGGAAGAGCCUCGGGGCUGUCGCAUUCCCAGGUGCUCAGCCAGCGCCCACAGCCCCGUGCCCGCCCGUGGGGCGUUCCGGGGUGGG